UAGGUUUCUAGAAGAUAGACCACCGUACCUUAAACCGUCAUCGACACGCUGCCUAGACAUCGGUGUCAGUCAGCUGCUAUCUCGAUUCGUGAAUUCAAUCAUUUUGUCGGAUGGUGUGGUGUUUGAGAAUCAUCUCUCGCUUCUCUCUCUUGAAACAAUACAUCCAACAACAACGUGAUAAGCGCUGCACAUCAGCCGUUAAAGGCCGGCCGCCCAAGACCCGGCAGCUGAGAGGUUCACAUUCAAAAGUUCGCUAAGCCAUGUGUGAAGGUGAUACCAGGGACCCGAUCAGCCAAUAGUGAUAAGAAAGAGUGAAACCGUUUCUUUCGCAUUUCCGCGUGCGUGUCGUGUCGUCUGAUUUGAGAUCAUAAAAAAAAAACAAACCGAUAUCGCGACACCAACUCGAACGACUCAGGCCAAAGCAAACAUCCAUACGACACGAUCGAUUGUGAGCGCUUCUACGUACCUUCUUUUUGAAUCAACAGAAACUCAAAAACGUCCUGCACAAGUACUUUACAAAUCCACCGCUGUUUCCCAGUGUCAAUUUUGUUGCUUUUUAUUUAAAUAGAUACUUAUAUAGGUAGCUCUAGUGUGUAUUUUACUACUUAGUACCUAGACCGAACGUAAGUCACUAACCUUAAACUGGCGCUUGGUGGCGUUUGAAGUAUUAAGGGAAUCGAUUAUCUAGCUACUUAAGUACACCGCCACCAGAAUGUCUAUGUGCGGUGCUCAAAUUGCCUUGAAGUCUUUCAAGAGAUUUCCACGCGUCAGAGUUUGGUCACUCGCCAAAAAUGCUUACUCAACUCAGGUAGAAUACAAACCCAUCCGAUCCGUACUGGUUGCGAAUCGUGGCGAGAUCGCCAUCCGUGUCUUCCGGGCAUGUAACGAGCUGGGCAUCCGGUCCGUGGCCGUGUAUUCGGAACAGGACAAAAUGCACAUGCAUCGCCAGAAGGCCGACGAAUCGUACCUCGUGGGCAAAGGCUUGGCCCCGGUCGAAGCCUAUCUCAGCAUUCCAGAAGUGAUUCGUGUAUGCAAGGAAAACGAUGUCGAUGCCGUGCAUCCGGGGUAAGUGGUC